AUGACUAGGAAGUCCAACAAGGACAACCUAGUUGAACAUCCAGAGAUAGACAAGCUUGAGAAGCAACUUAGGAAGCAGAAAGCCCAAGAGAUGGCCGACGAAGCAGCUCGCGCUCACGCCGCUGAAGUGGCGCGCGCUCAAGAAGAAGGAAGAGAUCCACCUCCUCCUCCUCCUAAUCCACAAGACCCUGCUGGAGAUGUGAAUGUGCACAACCUCAAGCUGGAGCACCUACAAUCGGAGACUAUGACUCUGCCGAUGCUUUCUUCAUGGAUAGAAACCCUAUCCAUCCACCACUUCCUGCAAGGAAUGACUAUGAGAUCAAGCCUCAGAUCAUAG